AUGAUCCCAAUGAAGACAAUUCCUUUGGCUGACUCGAGUGGUAACUGGAGUGAAAGAGAAGAGAACACAUUAGGGCGUUUCACGUCCCCCAACUGGCCUAAAGUCGAUUUUCUAAAGUCACCUGUCCCUUUGCACGUUUUCCCUCACCCCUCAUCACCCCACCCCAUCACCGUCACCACCAUCUCGCUUCCCAAACCAUGCCAGCCAAACGAAAAAACCCUAAGGGUUCAGUCCCUCAGCUAUGAUCAGGGUACCGCUCAUUAUUCUGUCAAGGAUGCAAGGAAGGAGUCGCAGAAAAAGGUUGUCGGUAGCAAACCCAAAGUUGAAUAUUACCGUGAGAUAGCAAAGGCUGUCUUUGAUGUCGAAGGGGAACCGGAUUGUGGCGCUUAUUUAAUGGAACCUGAGCGCUAUGCAACCUCUGUCUUAGGUCAGAUCACUUAUUUACAGAAGACAUACACCGGAUAUCGCAAAAUGCUACAGCAGACCGGUGAGGGUCUCAAAGAUGAGGAUGAGGAUAAGAAUGAAAUGCACAGAAACCAGCUAGGUAGCAUACAUGUCAAUUACUUGGUACACUGCUUAUUUUCUCAUUUUUGA